AUGGACCUCGCAGGGAGCGCAUUACCCGCGUCGGCGUGGGCGGCGGUGACGGAUGAGGUGGCGGUGGGGUCGCUGGCCGUUAGCAGCAGCGCCGCCGCCGUGGCCGCGCUCGCGAGGGACGCGCGCAUCACCGCCGUCGUCGUUCUCGAGGAGGAGGGGAGCUACGGCGCGCGGGGCACGGGGUGGGAGGAGGAGAAGCGGGCGCUGCAGGACGCGGGGCUGGUCGCCGUGUGGGUGCCCAUUCGCGAAACCGACUCCGCCGAGCAGGCAGCCAUGCUACCACAGGCAGUGCGCGUGGUGGCAGCGCUGGCAGCCAUGGGCCACAGGGUGCUGCUGCGCUGCCCCUCAGCUGCCCGCCUCUCCCCCCUCAUCGCCCUCGGCUACCUGGUGCUAGCCAAGGGCAUGCCAGUGAGCGCCGCACUGGCGGUGGUGAAGGAGAGCAAGCCCAACGCGGACCCGCCUGUCAACGUGCUCAUGGAGGCGAGGGAGAGGCUGCUAGCGGGCAUGACGUCACGGGUGAUAACGAUCGCAGAGGCCAUCUACCACACGCGCUGCACCACGGGGCAGCACGGCGACUCCCAGUCCGACUGGGCCCAAGCGCAAGAGCAGUGCUCGCGAGAGCUCUUUGACAAGUGGCUCCUCGCUGACGUCAGCUUUGCCCGCUCUGUUGCUCAG